AUCCACUUUAAAAUGGCGGGAUCUGGUGAAGUAAUGCGGAGAGAACUGCAAGUGGAGUUGGCAGAAAUCAAAGAAAAUCUUGCACAAUGUCGUAACAACAUAGUCACCCAGUGGGAAGCGAAACUCCUUGCUUAUAAAGAAAUAAAGAGGAGAAAUGAAGCUGAACUUCAAUUGAGAAAAGAUGAGAUGUCUGCACUUGACAAGGAUAAAGUCGAAGGAGGAUAUGCCAUUGAUGAUCUGCGAGGGUCCAUUGUAUCAAUAAAGCUGGAGACAGAUGGGCUUCUCCUUGAGAAGGAGAGGCUAGGUGAAAAGGUCAAGGUGCUCCAGUUGGAAGUGGAGACGAGUAAAAUAGCGCUCGAGGAAAAGGAAAAAUCUGACGAGCAGAAAAUAGUGGCAAUACAGAAAACAAUGGAAUGGUGUCGCGAAAAGAUGGGAAUACUGUUUAUAAAAAUCCCUGGACCUGUGUAUAAACUUCAAGUAAUCAUCACCAACAUUGAUCAGAAAGACCCAACUACACCAUUUGUAUUCAACAUGGCUGUCAUCAAUAGAAUUUAUGAAGUUUCAGAUUGUGAACCCAAAGUUGACGACCUUAGCAAUCUUGUGCACAAACUGAAUCAGACAAAUAAUAUUCGCUCGUUCUUCAUUUUGAUGCGGAAAAGAUUCAAGGAGAUGUGCACGCGUACUCGGAAGUAAAAUCGUUGUCAUGUCGAUGCCACGUUUGAUUUGAUGUAUUUGGACUAGACAUACCGUGUUUGGACCACAUUGUACUGUACGUAUGCAUUCUACAUGUACAUGUACAGGGGUACAUAUGCAUUUACCGUACCCCGAGUUAUAUGGCUAAGUCCAACAAAAUGAUAAUGAUCCUUGGUCUUUGAGCAUGAAGCCAUAAAGUGGUGACAUGGAACAGACCUAUGACAUUGGUCCAAAUAUUAAAGCUUUUUUGGUCGGUGCUGAAGUUGAAAUGGUUAAAUUACAUGUAUGUUUGUGAUCAAUUUUCCUAUCAUGUUGUAUACAUGUACUUUAAAACAAUUGUACGUUUGAUGCAA